CCCGCCGCCGCCCCCCGCCGCACGCCGCCGCCCCCCCCGCCCCGGGCGCGCGCGCGCUCCCGCCGGCACGCAGUUGCAAUUUCUGAGCGGUUUUGUCCAGAAGACUGUGCUCAGGUUAUGACGACUAAUCCCAAACCGAACAAGGCAUUAAAGGUAAAGGAGGAGUCGGGAGAGAAUGCCCCAGUGCUGAGCGAUGAUGAACUCGUGUCAAUGUCCGUACGGGAGCUGAACCAGCACCUGCGGGGUCUCACCAAAGAGGAGGUCAUCCGUCUGAAGCAGCGGAGGCGCACGCUGAAGAACCGGGGCUACGCCGCCAGCUGCCGCAUCAAGCGCGUGACUCAGAAAGAGGAGCUGGAGAGGCAGCGGGUUGAGCUGCAGCAAGAGGUGGAGAAGCUGGCCAGAGAAAACAGCAGCAUGAAGCUAGAGCUGGACGCCUUGCGCUCCAAGUACGAAGCACUCCAGACCUUUGCUCGUACUGUGGCGCGAGGGCCCAUUACCCCGACCAAAGUUGCCACCACCAGUGUCAUCACCAUCGUGAAAUCAGCCGAAAUCUCAUCCAGUUCCGUGCCGUUCUCAGCAGCGUCCUAGUGCCCUCGGUGGGGGAACUAGCGGCCUUUCAGAGGGGGGGGAGGAGGCUCUUAUGCAUUGUUCCGGAGUUCUUGGUCACGUCAAGAAUUGGCAUCUUAACAACUCUCUUCCGAAAGUGCAAAAAAAAAAAAAAAAAAAAAAAUUAGAAAAAGAAAAAUUAAAUAAA